AUAGUAUUAAAAUCAACAAAUCACUGAUGUAAUAAACAACAAACCAUGGGCUUAUAAACCAAUCGAAAACUUACAUACACAUAUAACAAACCACACCAAAACAAACUCAAAAUACAUACAAAUACAAAGACCGUUAGCUUUAACGCUCGAACAAUCGAAUAGAGUAUUCCAAUACAAACACAAUCGAACAAUAAGAGUAGUGAAAGCACGAAACGUCUAGGCUCUCGAGCAAGCCAACGAUUACGAGUAAUACCAGCAGCAGCAGCGAACGGGCCCCAAAUUGGCAACAUGAAGAAAAGCUCAACAGCUACGACGACAAUGUCGUUCCCAACCAGUCCGACCAUUUCGGCGCAUACUAUCACCGGCAGUAAAAUUAGUUUGGGCAGCACAAAGACAGCGACUUCGGGUCGUUCUAGUCGCACGGGUUUGCAAUCGCCACAGCGAAAGAAGAGCGAUCUAGAAUUGGAGUCUAUAUUGGAGAAGGCUAAAUUUUACACAUCGCUGUGCCUUGGAACCACUGCAAUUCUCUCGGUCUUUGCCUUCCUCUUCCUCAUACCAUUCGUUGUGGAUCCGGCAAUUUCGACAAUAAUCGCAGAUUAUGAUCCUGUGCCAGUUACUUGUAUUGUCAUUGAUCAUAUCUAUGCGGAAGGCAUUCGAAACUGUUCGUGGAGUUCAUGCCGCGAAGGCUGUACGUCAUCACUCACCAAGUGCCAUCAGUUGUAUGUCAACUAUACACGCAUCCCCUUCAGUGAAUGGGAGAAAAAUCCACGUGAAUUGGAUAAGGUGCAAUGGGAUGUUAGCUAUACGAAAUUUCUGAUCAAUUCCGAAGGCUGCGGUUAUCCACCCACAACGAAUUGUAGUGUCUUUGCGCGCCAAUAUGGCUACUCACACAUUGGCGAACCAUUUCCCUGCUACUAUAGUCGUGCCUACCCGGAAGUGGUGAUCGGUCGCUACUCGUGGGAGAAUAAUUUGUAUCAUCUUAUUUUGUCAAUCAUCAUACCAAAUGUGCUAUUCGCCAUUUCGAUUGGUGUGCUAAGCUAUUGGUAUUGUCCCUGCUGCGACAAGGCUUGCAACAAGUCUUCGCGCGUCUAUGCGGAGAAGUUUCCCUCGAAGGAAGAAAAACUUCUGUGUCAAAGUGACGACGAAGAUGAUAUGGAAUACUAGUGAACUAGAAAAUCUAGUGUUAUGCUAGAAGAAGAAGAAGAAGAAGAAGAAGAAGAAGAACUCCUCGUAGCAUUAGCAAACAGCUGCUCUCACAACAAAUACAAUACAUACAAUGAAAACAAUUUUAGAAAAUUUAGAAAAUCGAUAAACACAUUUUGUAUUCCUAUUCGUAUUCGUAUUUGUAGUCAUUCGUAUUCAAUAGUUAAAUGCCAACAUAUAUUUACGCUCAGAUUCGUAGAUAGUGCAUACAUACAUACAAAUAAAUGUACAGAAAAGUAAGUACAAUAUGUACUCGCAUAGCAUCAUCUAAGUAGCUAUUUAUUCAUAUUCGUAAAUGUACUCUAUGCAGCGUAUGUAUGUUGGUAUGCGAACAAAUGAUGUUCGUCUUCGCAUUCGUAUUCGUAUUCAUGUACUAUAUUCACCUAGCCACCAGUCUCAGUAUUCGCAAUCCGAAAUAUUUUCCCACUCCAUAUUUAGCGCUAAAUACACACACAAACGCAAUAGUAUGUACAUACGUAUAUGUGCUAACAAUACAAUAGUAUAAAUAUAGCAGCUUAUCACAAAAGGCCAAUGCAGUAUUUGCUACUAAUUUCUUAAAGCUUUUAGUCGUCAUAGUUAUUUUCAAAUUGCAAAUGCACUUGAAGUAAAACUUGAUAUGCAAUGCUAUGUAUAGCACGAUAUUAUAUGUAGUAUAUGAAUAAAUAAAAUAUGUAAGCUUUUUUGAAUUUA